AGCUGUCGGCCUAUCAAAAUGGAGCAUGCGCAUAGCGACACCAGUGAGCUCAUACAAAGGCUCGUGGGUCUAAGUGUGACUGAAAAUGCCGAGGAAGUCGCGGGUAUUCUCAAAAACCUGCGCCUGCUGCUCACACAAAGCCAGGAGAGUCAAGACACUCUGGCCAGGAGUCCAGAGUUUUCCAGUUUUCUUGAUGCCGUCGCCUUUAACCCGCUAAUGCGAACGGAGCAUCGGCUUGCCCACAAUCUGUCGCUCCAGGUGCUGGCCAACAGUGUGGUUAAUAAUGAGCUUAGCCAAAGAUUGACCUGGAAUCAGCAUGGCUCGAAGAUCGCCGAGCAAGCCUAUGCUGCUCCCCUAGGCAGCUCCAACAACGUGCUCCUGAUGAUCAUGUACAACAUAUUCCUCAAUGGCCGCGGUGGUCUUAUUUCCGACCUAGUGGCGCUCCAAACCUGCCUGCGUCUGUGGCGGGCCCUGAACGAGGCUCAGUGCACCUACAACUUUGAGUAUUUGCACUUCUUUCUGGAGCACUUUAUCGUGCAGAAUGGACGUGCGUGCGUGGCCUGUUACCAGAAACUGGACACGGAGGAUAGGAUUGCCUUUCUGGACUACGUGGCUCAUUACCUAAGGGAGAAUAGCCCAAAUGGUGAGGUUACCCUCUUCCUGCUGCAGCACUUUGCCAAGGAGUUCCGCCUGAAAUCGGAUUGCAUUCUUCGGGAAACCCUCAAGCUGAAGCACGAACUGCAUCCCCGCGAGGUUCACACGCUCCUGCGGAUCAUAGCCAGCGUCAGUGGCUCCGAGAAGUACGGCAAUGUCUAUGCCACCGAUCAGUCGCUGUUCAUCAAUGUGAGCAGCUUGCUCAGAUGCGUGGUGGCUGCGGGCAAAGAACCCGAUGGCGGCGGACUGGAUAAACCCAUGACAAAGCUGGAGGAGGUGGCUCUCACCUCGGGCAUUGAUGCGGGCUACGAAAAGAAGGUCUCGUAUGAACUGAAAACCCUACUCGUGCGCUGCUGUGCAAAUCUUUUGUAUGAGAAUAAGGAAAACAAGGGGUAUUGCCUGGACACACAACUACUGCCUGCCCUGCUGGAGUGCACAACGAUGGAUGCCAGGAAUCCAUUGAUGCGCGAGUGGAGCAUCUUGGCCAUACGGAAUGCCUGCAUCAACUGCCCGGAGGCGCAACAGGUGAUUGCCGGCCUAACCAUGCAGGGCUCGGCGCCCAAUGACAUACUCAGCGAGCUUAACCUGGACAUGGGUGCGCUACGCAUCUCGGACAAGAGGCAAUAGCACACAACCACUGGCUGGCUGUGCCACAACAAGUGGUUAGCUAGCUGUCUUUCGCACCACGUCAUCCUCCGCAGCCCCCUUACGAUUGGCUAAUGGUAUGCCAAAACUCAGAUCCAACGGCAUUCAUAAACGCGAUGUCAACGGUUUAAUGGCACAGCCGGCGGAAGAGAGAGAGCGAGCGACCGCCGCGCGGACGGAGCAAUUUCGAACGAUGGCUAGCGUGGCUAGCGAGGAGGAUAUAAAAAUAGCUGCCCAUGUACCAUGCUCUGUGUACCAUUAAAGAGAGAUGCCUAAAUCCA